AUGUCGAAUAAAAUAGGCAAGACUACUACAGCAUUUACCCGGCUAUGGUACAAUGUUGAUUUGUCGAGAGAUUCUCGUACCUUGGGGCGCCUUGCAUCGCAAAUCGCCGUCACUCUUAUGGGAAAGCAUAAGCCCAUUUACCAUCCUACAACAGAUAUAGGGGAUUAUGUUGUGGUUUCAAAUUGUCAGCAUUUAAAACUUUCGGGUAAGAAGGUAAAGGAUAAGAGCUAUUGGAGCCACACGGGUCGGCCAGGGUCCGGAAAGUCGACACCAGUUUCUAAAAUCAUUGAAGACCACGGAUACGGAGAAAUACUUCGCAAGGCAGUGAGCAGAAUGCUACCCAAGAAUAAGCUCAGGAAACAAAGGCUUCAAAGAUUAAGAGUUUUUGAAAGCUCAGAACAUCCUUACAAACAAAAUCUCGUUGCUUUUGCAGACCAGCAACCUGAUGUUCGGAAAAAGAUUAAGUUUUUGGAAGAUGCCAAGUAG